AUGCUAAGAACACCUUACGAAAUACUAGGGGUCUCUGAAAACAUCAAACGUAAUGAAUUACGUAUCCCAUAUCGAGAAAAAAUUCACCAAUACAAGCAAGGUCAAAUAUCUGCUGAGGAAUAUCGACUGGUUUGUCGUGCUUACGAAACUCUUACAAUUGAUCAAAAGUUCGAUCUUUACCAAAAAGAAAAUAAUUGGGUUCAAGACUUACCGAUCGACCAAUACACGCCACAACAACUCGCUGUUGAACCCGAUCUGUUGUCUGUGCUAAAGGAACGAUUUCAGAAUGCUACACUGCAAGAAAUCGACGCUCAAGAUUCAACUACAGGUCAUACAACCUUGUAUAGUGCUGCGCGUAGUGGCAAUGAAGAAGCAGUAUCUUAUCUAACUGAACAGGGUGCCGAAGCUGACUUAUUACAACGUACAAAAAGUACGGCACUUCAUGGUGCUUCCUUUUAUGGACAUGCAGGUGUGAUUCGUCUCUUGUUAGAAAGUGGUGCCAGUUAUGCUGUGAUAAACUGCUAUAGUAAUGUGCCUGAAAAAGAAGCAGCAAAUAGUGCUGUAAAAGAAGUUUUCGAAGAAUUGAAAACAUCACCGUUUGUACAAGCCGCUGCAAACAACAUCAAUUGGUUUAAAGAACGAAAAAACGGAUGGGGAAAACAUAUCGACGAAGAAUAUUAUUCUCAACGACAAACUCUAUUGCAUUGUGCAAGCAAGAAGGGAUAUGAAGAUUUAGUUCGUUUAUUUGUUGAAAAACAUUCAGCAAACUUAGAUAUUACCGAUAAUAAUCUCAAUUCUGCUUUGCACCUCGCCGCCUAUGGUGGCCAUUGUCCAAUUGUUGACUACCUUCUCAAGUGUGGUUGCAAUGCUAGACUGGAAAAUCGAUGGGGAAUGAUUGCCGAACAGGAAGGAAGACGACAUGGUGAUGCAAUGAUGAAAAUCUUUGAAAAUAUCCGUGAGCAAGACAUGUUCGAAAUGGCGCGUAAAGGAGUCGAUUGGUGGUUUCGCUAUCAUUUCGGUAGUAACUCACCCAAUGCCAAUGAUAAACAUGGUACAAGUUUACUCUAUCACGCUUGCCGAUAUGGUCAACCACUGGUGGCUAAAUGGCUCUUGGAACACGGUGCGGACAUUGAUGCACAAUUACAGGAGAACCCAAAAAGUACGGCACUUCAUGUUGCUGUCUUUUAUGGGCAUGUUACCACUGUCGAGCUAUUACUUACUCAUGGUGCUAAUUCCAAUAUAAAAAAUCAAUUGCGUUUAGCUCCUCUGGAAGAAGGCAGGCAUAGUGAUGUGGACGAAUCUCGAUGGAAUAAAGUGAGAGAGUUAGUUCUUCGAUAUCGUAAUAACCUGACUUCGAUGAAAUCGAUUUCUGUCCAUGUCUAUGAUGACGAAAGUUCCGAUCAAGAACCUUUCAUUAAAGUUGAACUUGACGUUGAUCAAACACAAAAUCAUCUUCGAGAAUUAUUAACUGGUGAGUGGCGUGAAAGAUGCCGCCACUUUUCCAUUGCUCGACAUGUGCUACCUUCAGACCAGUGGUCAACAGGCCUACUCCUAGCCGUACAUCAUGCACGUUAUACUCGAACACAUUUCCUUAGUGUUCCACUUCAUUUAGCCUUGCAUCAGACGGCAACUAUAUCAGACAUAGAAUUCAAAAAUAUAACAACUUUUAAGAGCACAAUAAAUCCACGGCAAGUUAAGCAACAUAUUGUAUCGUCUAAUUCUAAAACUAAUGUCGCAAAGUUUACAUUGACAAUACCGAUGGAGCAAGAACGAAAAUUUCAAUUCAAAGAAUUGGAAUUCACUUUUCCAACUGGUUGUAUUGACAAAAACCUAACGUUUGUCGUUCAAGUAGAUUUUUCUCCGAAGACAGAUCUCUGUCAUUUAACUCAAUGUCUCUGCUUGUUUACAACGUAUUUAGAAGAAGGCGAAAAAUUGAUCCAACAACCCACAGUUUUCUUUGUUGGUGAACCUCAUGCUCGUUUAUAUACUUUAGCUUCAAUAGGGGUCUGGUACUCAUUUGAGACAAAUCAACAACGACUGCCAAUGAUUGAAGGCACGCAUGCCUUUGUGCGUCACAUUGAAAUCAUACCGAAGUACCUUAUUUUACCACCCGAUAUGUUCAUUAUGGGUUCACCCAUAAACUGUGUAAUCGAUCGUCAACAUCCAGUUUCAUGUAAAGCUCUCAAUAUUCGGCAUCGUGACUCGGUAAACUUUCCUCACGUAGCUUAUCAUGGAACAAGAAUUGAAGUGGUACAUUCAAUUCUAGUUGAUGGAUUCGUCGUACCAGGCACAGUUGUUUCCACUGGAAUGCGUAUCUUACCUCCACCAAAUCAUAUUCCUAGAGGACGAAAAGGUUUUGGCGUGGAUGAUUUUGCUGAUGCUAUUUUUUUAAGUCCAAGUGUUCAUUACUGUUCGCACUUAGUUUAUGCAAAACCAUUUACAUGGGGCGAUCGAAAAUUUUUGCCAAUUCUCGAAUGCAGCGUGAAAGAAAAUGGAUAUACUAUCUUCCCUUCUACUGUUUCGAGCUACAAAGCACAUGCUGGUGAGGACCUCAGAAGGAUUGAGUGGCGUGUCAUAGACCCGACUAAUGUUGAUAUCAAUGCUGUACUCUUCAUUCCAUUUGGUGAUUCAGUCAGCGCCAUGGUCGAUAAGCGAGCAAAGAAACUUGGUCUUUUUAAGCGUUUGUUCGGCCACUAA